AUGGGAUCCCCGAUAUCACCCAUCAUCGCAAACAUCUUUAUGGAACACUUCAAGAAUGAAAUCCUGAAGAAGGCCCCACAAAAACCCUCCACAUGGUUCCGAUACGUGGACGACACCUUCGUCAUCUGGAACCACGGAAGGGAAACUCUACCUCAAUUCCUCACUUUCAUUAACUCCCAACACCCCAACAUCCAAUUCACAAUGGAGACCGAACAGAAUUCCCAAAUCCCCUUCCUGGAUGUCCUGGUCCGAAGGAACGAAGACGGCACCCUAAGCCACAACGUCUACCGCAAACCAACACACACGGACCGAUACCUCCACGCAAACUCCCACCACCACCCCGCCCAAAAGAAUUCGAUAAUCAGCUCUCUAGUCCACAGAGCACUCUCCAUCUCGGAACCAGCCGCCCUGAACGGAGAGCUAAACCACCUUCACCGAACCCUGACCAGGAACGGAUACAGCAGCAGUAACAUCAACCGUACAAUCAAGAAGCUGACCAACAAGGAACCCGGCCAGAACAACACCACGACACCAGAGACAGAGAAAGGGAAGAUUAAGGCAGUAGUACUCCCAUACGUCAGAGGGACCACGGACCGCAUCAGCAAAAUCCUGAGCAAACACAACAUCAAAGCGAUUUUCAAACCUUUCAACAAGCUCUCACAAAUGCUCCCCAAUCCCAAGGACCGGAGACCCCCUUUGACAGCUCCAGGGGUUUACAAGAUCCCAUGCUCCUGCGGCAAAGUGUACAUAGGAGAAACCGGGAGGAAGAUUAGUACACGAAUCAAAGAACACCAGCGAUGUGCCAAAUACGGCCACUUCUCACAAUCAGCUCUAGCCGAACACAAGAUUGAGACCGGACACGCAUCCAGUUCGACAAAGCCACCAUGCUGGCCCCGUCCCAAAGCUAUUUCGCACGAAAACACCGCGAAGGCAUAG